AUGCAACACUGCAAGUUUCUAAUAUGUCUCGCCACAUUAGUGACCAACUAUAGUCUCCUCAUCGACUUUGUGGAAUACAGGCACAAUGUGAAGCCCUUGGAUGGCUUAUUAAUCUUUCAAGCAAAUACAUUUUCCAGCGACGGUAUAGAACGUGAGCUGCAGGAUCAUUUCCGUUUACCGCAGAUUAUUGUGAAUAAUGUGGCAACAUUAAAUGUACAAAAUUUUAUAAAUAUCAGAAGCAUCGCUUUGAUCUUCAUGGAAAAGCUUGACCAGCCGCGCACAUGGAUGCUAGUCUCAAAGAUUUUACGGGCACGUUCCUUUAUACCGAUGAUUUUUGUUAGCCUAGCUGUGCCAUCGAUGGAUGUACAGUUGAAAUUCUUUAACUAUUUUAGACAACUAAAUAUACUCAACACGGUUGUGUUGUUUCGUGAGAAUGAUACAAUGAUGACAAACAAUCGCACUGAACUGCGCGGUCUAAAUGCGCAUUUGUUAUCCGUCUUCUUGAAACGCGUUAAUGGCACAUCUACAGUUAUGAGUCAUCCGAUAAAUGAGACAACGAUACGAACAAUCGAUAUGAGCGCUAAUCUUGUCUUUCGAAUCGAUCUUAUCCAUCGUAGCAUGGCGCCUAGUUACCCUGUGUUCCAAACAAAGGCAUGUUUGAUGUUACCCGUGGAGCCUGGCAUACCGGUGAGUUGGUAUCUCGUGUACGCUUUCGAUAUUUCCACAUGGCAUGCGCUGGGUUUUACCUUUAUUGCGAUCGCUUUACUGAAAAUCACCAUUAAUCGCAAUCACAGUAAUAGUGAUCUCGUACUACAUGGGUUGUCCGUAUUGCAAUUGUUUCUUGCUCAAUCCGUUCUUCUACCUGGUAUUAGAGCCGUAACAAGAGCUCUAUUCGUAAUUUAUUUCGGAGUGCUUUUUGUGGUAAUCGUGAGCGUAUAUGGGGGAAGUUUGACCUCACUGUUUAGUACACGGGUUCGCAUGCCAGCGGUACGCACUGCCGAGGAUUUCCUUAAAACCGGUUUGAUGAUAAUGGCAACAGACAACGAACGGCAGCUUUAUUUCGACGCCCAGCUGUUGCCGACUUCGCUCGAGUCGCGUAUAUAUAAUGUUGGAAGUGGCGCCGCUGCAAUUGAUCGUACGAUUGCGAAUACUUCGUUUGCCUAUAUAAUGACUAGAUACAAGUGGUUCUGGUAUAAGAAACCACAAAAUCAUUUAGAAAAUCCGGUGUUUCGUAUGGCCAGCGGAUCAUUGUGUACGCCCAGUUUGCUACAAGCUUUCGCACUGCAAAGGCAAUCGCCAUUCAGAGAGUUGUUGAAAAUACUCUGCUUAGAAUUACAACAAUUAGGAUUUGUCGAUCACUGGUUGGCCGAGGUGCCGCCUGCGGUCAAAUUUCAACUGAGCAACGAGACGGGCAUGUCUGAGGUGCCUUUGAGUUUGUCACAUUUUACAUUGGGAUUUCAUGUCCUGGGUGUGGGUUGGAUUAUAGCGUUGGUAACUUUUGUUGGUGAGUUAAUUGUUUCGAGACGGCGUGAAAUCUUCGCUUCGCGUGUUAUUAAGCGCCUCGGAAAAUUGGGUGGGAAGUAA